GCACCCUCAACCCCCAUAUAAGCUACCUACUAAACUAUUACCAUCAAGUGUCGGGAGGAGGAGGAGGACUGAGGAAGAGGAGGAGGAGGGGGGGAUGACGGCUUUGCUGCUGCUGCUGCUGCCCUCAGUGCGGCGGAGGAGAGAGAGCAUCUUUGUCUGCACACAGAGAGAGGAGCUCCGGGCUUCCCUGCCUGCUCCCGUCGACAGCAGCCUGAUAAGAACACAGUCCUCUUCCUCCGACACCUCCUCCUCCUCCUUCCUUCCACUGGAGACAGACAGAGGUCGCGCGCUCAUCUGACGCAUUCAUCUCUGCCUAAUUUCGGACUUUURUAUUGUGCUGGCUGGAAUAUUCCCGACCACCUCCUCUCCUCCCCUCCACCCCCCACCCCUGCCUGCAUCCAUGUGUCGGAUCGCUGGAUGAUGCUCAGGAUAUUGGGAUGCUGAGGAGAGUGGAGGCUGUACCUAGGCUGUGUGCCUAGCUAACCCAUGGAGGACUGACAAGAACAGUGCUGGAUGGAGGCCAAGACACUGGAUGGCGAAGACGAGGAAGCGCACAGCAUUGUGGAUCAGUCGAAUUGUUUGUUCUCGUCCUCAGAUCCGGAGAAGAUGCAAAGCGUUCAGCGAUGUGCUCCAAUUGCUCAGAGAUGGGGGGCAGAAAUCCACAUAGGCAGCCAAGACUAAACAAACUKCUGUGCUGCACGUAGGAGUUGGAGUCUUUUUUUUCCCUGCAUAUUUCACAGUGAUAAAAAGAAAUAAUUAUAGACAGUAAAAAAACACUUCCUGAAAUAUUUGGAGACCACGCAGGAGCCUUUUGUAGAUAGCAACUAGUAAACAUGAUGGGCAGCUGUAAAGGCGAGGUUUCUUGGUUUUUGCUUGUAGCGGGUUUYGUGCUAAUGGGGACAGCUCUGGAGUAUGAGGGGGUUCCCGGUCAGUGGACACGCUAUGGCCAGUGGGACGCGCAGACGACAGGUGAGCUCAGCUURAUUCUCAAAACCAACAUCAGCAAAGCCCUGGUGCUCUACCUGGAUGACGGAGGGAACUGCGACUURUUGGAGCUGCUGGUUGCAGACGGGAGGCUGCAGAUGCGCUUCACCAUCCACUGCGCCGAGCCGGCGGUUCUCCACACYGAGACGCCUGUCAACGACCUGCGCUGGCACCGAGUCCUCCUGACGCGCAACUACAAAGAGACCAAGCUGGUGGUAGACAACGAGGAGAAGGCGGCAGAGGUGAAAUCCAAAAGGAAAGAGAUGGUUGUCGCCAGCGACCUCUAUGUCGGCGGGAUCUCUCCAGACGUGCGUCUCUCUGCUUUGACCUCCAGCACGGUGAAAUACGAACCCCCGUUCCAGGGUUUCAUCACCAAUCUGAAAGUGAGGGAGGCACUGCCAAUCCUUCUGGACGGUCAAGCCGUGCAUAGUGAUUUGGAGUACAUAUGUGACACACACUCGCCCUGCAGCAACAAAGGCCUUUGCUCUGUCAACCAAGGAGAGGUGCUCUGUGACUGCAUCAACACCAACUACAGAGGAAAGUACUGCCAGGAAGCUGUCCAGAGAGAAGUCGAAGGUCUGGCGCACCUGAUGUUAAACCGCCAAGUUAUUCGCCAAGGGCAGGAAGAAUCGGUGGCCACCUUCAAAGGCAAUGAGUUCUUCAGCUACAACCUUUCUCAGACCCCCAUUCAGAGCAGUUUGGAUGAAAUCACGCUGUCCUUCAGGACCCUGCAGAGGAAUGGCCUGCUGCUUCACACAGGAAAGUCAGCUGACUAUGUCAAUCUGUCCCUGAGGAAUGGAGCUCUGUGGCUGGUCAUUAACCUGGGCUCUGGCGCUUUUGAAGCCCUGGUGGAGCCUGCCAGUGGAAAAUUUAAUGACAAUGUCUGGCAUGAUGUGCGAGUGACACGCAACCUCCGCCAGGUGACGAUCCUGGUGGACGGGAUCCUCACCACCACSGGUUACACKCAGGAGGACUACACCAUGCUGGGCUCGGACGAUCUCUUCUACAUCGGGGGCAGCCUGAACACGGCUGACCUGCCGGGCUCCCCAGUCAGCAACAACUUCAUGGGCUGCCUGAAGGAUGUGGUCUACAAGAAUAACGAGUUUAGGCUGGAACUGUCACGGAUGGCUGAACGGCGAGACCCUAAGAUCAGCAUCCAUGGCGAACUGGUCUUCAGCUGCGAAAACGUGGAAGCUCUGGAGCCGAUCACCUUUGACACGCCGCCUGCCUACCUGACCUUGCCCAGGUGGAACACAAAGAAGACGGGCGCCAUUUCCUUUGACUUCCGCAGCACAGAGCCCAGUGGCCUGCUGCUGUUCAGUCAUGGCACCCUGCAAGGGACACUGCCUGACAGGAAGCCCCGCGCUGACUUCUUCGCCAUCGAGCUGAUGGACGGCGUUCUCUACCUGGUCAUGGAUAUGGGCUCUGGCAGCAUUAAGAUCAAAGCCAGCAACAAGAGGCUUGAUGAUGGCGAGUGGUGCCACGUGGACUUCCAGAGAAAGGGCCGCAAUGGCUUUAUCUCAGUGAACAGCCAGAGCAUCCCCUUCACCGCUAAUGAAGGCAGCGAGAUCCUCGACCUGGACGGAGAUAUGUACCUGGGAGGUUUACCCGAUGAUCGGCAGGCCCUCAUUUUGCCCCCCGAGGUGUGGACGGCCUCCCUGGGCCUCGGCUUCGUUGGCUGUGUGCGAGACCUGUUCAUCGACGGGCAGAGCCGCAACCUGUGGAGGCUGGCCGAGGUCCAGAGUGCCACGGGUGUCAGCAGCCUCUGCACCAGGGAGACACACACGAGGUGCACCAGAGACACGUGCGCCAAUGGGGGACACUGCAGAGAGGGCUGGAACCGCCACAUCUGUGACUGCAACAGCACCGGCUACGUAGGUCCCAGCUGCGAGAAGGAGGCCACCGCUGUGAGCUAUGACGGCAGCAUGUAUCUGAAGGUGCUGCUGCCAAGGACGCUGCAUACCGAGGCUGAGGACGUGUCCCUGCGCUUCAUGUCCCAGAGGGCCUUUGGUUUGUUGAUGGCCACCACAUCCCAGCAGUCAGCGGACACCCUGCGCGUGGAGCUGGACGGAGGCCGAGUCAAGCUCACUGUGAAUCUGGAUUGUAUCAGGAUAGACUGUAAUCUCAGCAAAGGACCAGAGAUUCUUCUUGUAGGCGAGAAGCUGAAUGACAACGAGUGGCACACGGUGAAGGUGACGCGGCGUGGGAAGAGCUUGCAGCUAUCUGUGGACAAUGCGACAGUGGAAGGCCUCAUGACCGGCGCCCACACCCGCCUGGAGUUCAACAACAUCGAGACAGGAAUCAUGACAGAGCGGCGCUUCAUCUCGGUGAUGCCUUCCAAUUUUAUCGGCCAUCUGCAAGCGCUUUCCUUCAACGGGAUGCUAUAUCUGGACCAGUGCAAGAAUGGGGACAUCUCUUACUGCGAGCUCAACGCUCGGUUUGGCAUGCGGCACAUUGUGGCCAACCCUGUAACUUUUCUAACUCAAGCAAGUUAUUUGGCCUUCUCCACGCUGCAGGCCUACGCUUCCAUGCACCUUUUCUUCCAGUUCAAGACAACCAAUGCUGAUGGCCUCAUACUUUACAACUCUGGAGAUGGAAGUGACUUCAUAAUGGUGGAACUGGUUAAAGGGUUCAUUCAUUAUGUUUUUGACUUGGGAAACGGACCMUCACUAAUGAAGGGAAACUCUGACAAGCCCCUCAACGACAAUCAGUGGCACAACGUGGUGAUCUCGCGCGACAACAACAARGUGCACGUGCUUAAGAUCGACUCCCGCACUGUCACUCAACACACCAAUGGAGCCCGCAACCUGGACCUYAAAGGAGAGUUGUACAUCGGGGGUGUUGGGAAGAGCAUGUACAGCAGUCUGCCCAGGUUAAUCGCCUCUAGAGAAGGAUACAAGGGCUGCCUGGCAUCUAUGGACUUGAAUGGACGACUCCCCGACUUAUUGGCAGAUGCUCUCCACAAGGUGGGAGAGGUCGAGCGAGGCUGCGGAGGUCCGAGCACAACCUGCACAGAGGACUCCUGCCACCACCAAGGUGUGUGUCUGCAGCUGUGGGAGGGCUUCUCUUGUGACUGCACCAUGACCACCUACGGGGGACCGUUCUGCAGUGACCCUGGGACCACGUAUAUCUUUGGGAAAGGAGGGGCCCUCAUCACCUUCACCUGGGCCCCCAACGAACGGCCGAGCACCCGGGCCGACCGCUUAGCUGUGGGCUUCAGCACUCAGCAGAAGGACGCCAUCUUGGUGCGGGUGGAGAGCACCCACGGGCUCGGAGACUUUCUUCAGCUGCACAUCGAUCAAGGAAAGAUUGGCGUCAUCUUCAACGUGGGAACAGACGACAUCAGCAUCGACGAGCCUGCCGUCAUUGUCAAUGAUGGCAAGUACCAUGUAGUGCGCUUUACACGCAGUGGCGGGAACGCCACCCUGCAGGUGGACAACCAUCCUGUUAUAGAGCGUUACCCACCAGGACACUAUGAUAAUGAACGACUGGCUAUUGCCAGGCAAAGAAUCCCAUACAGACUUGGUCGGGUAGUUGACGAGUGGAUACUCGAUAAAGGGAGACAGUUGACCAUCUUUAACAGCCAGGCAGCCAUUAAAAUUGGCGGUUAUGACAAGGGUCGGCCCUUCCAGGGUCAGAUUUCAGGGCUGUACUACAACGGCCUUCAGGUGCUCAAACUGGCAGCAGAAAAUGACCCCAGCAUUCAGGUAGAGGGGAACCUGCGCCUMGUCGGGGACUCGUUGUCUGCUCUGACCACCGACACCACCUCCGCUACGCCGUUGGCUGUGUCCGAUAUGUCCACUACAAUCAUGGAGACCACCACCACCAUGGCUACCACCACCACCCGCAGGCAGCGGUCUCCCAGUCUGAGGGAGAGCAUCUCGAAGCCUCAGAGCUCUGAUGAUAUUUUGGUGGCAUCAGCCGAGUGUCCAAGUGACGACGAGGAUCUGGAAGAGUGUGAACCAGGAACAGGAGGUGAAUUAGUGUUGCCUAUUAUAACAGUGGAUUCCCUUGAGCCCCCAUCCAUCGCCACCCGUUACCCUGUCAUCCCUCCUCCUCCUACCCUCCUCUCCCCUCUUGAGACCACCAAAGAGUCCUUGAUCCUCCCUCCUCACCCUUCCUGCCCCCCGGACCAGGAGGACUGCGGUGACCCUGUGGAAGUCUCGGCCUUCGGCUCGGGGGAGAUGACGGAAUCUGACGACGAGGACUUUUACAGUAAUAAUAAGAACUCCCCCAUGGUCACUGACAGGACAGUCCUUCCUCCACCCCCGGCCGCCGGCGACGGUGGAGUCCAUAAACCCCGCCCCCUGCCCCCUUUUGUUCCCACCACCAACCCUGACCAGCUCCACAUCCCCGCAGGCAAAAAGCACAACCGCGACCAGGUGCUCCUGCCCCCUGCCCCUCCAUCCUCCCGAAACACGCCAGGACUAACGUACCCCCCCAAUUUUCCCCAUGUGCCCACAGCCAGCCCCACCYCCGCCGACGAAAAGAACCAGCCUGGCGCCGUGGAGGUGAUCAGGGAGUCCAGCAGCACCACGGGAAUGGUGGUCGGCAUUGUGGCUGCCGCUGCCCUCUGCAUCCUCAUCCUCCUCUACGCCAUGUACAAGUACCGGAACCGGGAUGAGGGCUCGUACCCGGCCGACCAGAGCCAUGGCUUUGCCAACAACUCCACGGCGGAGGGCAAUGGCGCCGUGGUUAAAGACAAAAGCACAGCCACUGCCUCUGUGGCGAAGGCCAUCACAAAAGGCAAAAAGAACAAAGACAAGGAGUACUACGUUUGAAACGACAGGAGGACAGGCAGGUGAAGCGGGGGGGGACUGAGCACUGCUGCCUGAAUUUGUCAGGAAGAUCAGAAAAGUCACAAGAAAUGGACUGCACAAAGCAAGAACAUAUAUUACUUUUACAUAAUUUAAGGUUGCCCAGCUCUCCAUGGGGAUCAAUUCUUCUCUGUGACACAAGAUCRGACUCAUCGUCUGUGUCAAAUAUGGGCACUCAAGUCUGCAUCCACCAUUUCUCUGUUGGUGAAUGAUUUCAUUUUAUGUUUUUAACUAGCAAGUAAAGGGGAAAACAUCCAUUUUUGGCUUUGUAUAUAGCAUGGAAAUGUGGAGGAGAGCGCUGAGAACAUCCAGUUUCUUUGGACUUCUUUGUAAUUCCUGAGUCUCAAUGUCCCCAUUAUGAUACAUGAGGCAGAACAGGCCAGUUAUUGAAUUUUUAUGGUAGAUGAGCUGAGCGCUGCCCCGGCAGUCAUCCCAAGUGAGCACGCUGAAAAGAGAACGCCUUUACUUGGAUAAGWCAUCACAUCUCCAGCCUCCACGUUUUACGUUAUGUGACUCUGAAUCCCCCCACAAUCAGUGUGUGUAUGUCCAAAAGAAAUAUUAUUCUGCUGCUGCUGCUGUAAAGGACACAAUGUUGUUGUUGUUUUGUUUUUGUUUGUUUUUUUUUUUUUUUUUAUUACAGCAAGCUGAAAGUGAUGAUCAAACGGCUCCCCUUAGUGUGGACAGUGAAUCUUUUCGGUUUGAUGAAUCCGAAACGUUGCUUGUGUGAGAAAAUGCAGUCAGUCUGCUGUUCCAAAUAGGGAUAAUUGUGAACAAAUUUURUGACGYACACAAGCAAAGGUUGUUGUAUUUUCCCUCUAUACACACUAAUUGUAUGUACUGUACAUAUAAAGGUUAGCAGAUUGACAGAGCGUUCUUAAAAUGAUGAAGAUGUGAGGAAAAAGAUAGAAGCAUCCAGGAUGCUGUGCCCCCCACCCCCCAACAUUCCUUCACGACGGCGUCCAAACCGAUUUGGUCCGAGGAGCUUUGAGAAGCACAGAAUCACAUUUCAAGAAGAUUUUCUGCUCCUCCCCAGAGGCUGCUUCACUCACAGUCUUUUCUUUUCUGCUAAACCGUCCUUGGAUAAUUUAAAACCCGACGUAAAAUGGAAGCAUCUUUCAGAGGUGAAUCUAUUGUAAAGCAGCCAAACAUGUUUGUUUUUUUAUUAUUAUUAUACAUAAGUUACCAAAAGAUUAUUCUAUUUGAUGAUUAAUUACCGAAUUUGUGAAAUGUAAUGAUAUUUUGAUGUAUCUUGUUGCCACUCUUCUGAACGCGUCACGUUUUAUUUUUUUCCUUUAUUUUUUCGGUUGCUUUCUUAAUCCGGACAUGAAAAAAAAGCACACUUUCCUCAAACAGCUGCGAACAUCUUACGGUUUUAAAUUAUUUAAAUGCUCGAUUUAUGCAGCGAAAACACAAAGAUGAAACAAAUCAAUGUUUUUUUUGUUUUGUUUUUUUUCGUGCAUUUUCUAUUUGCUGGAUCUGAUGAUAUGAAGCCAUUCUUUCAGAUUUAGUUAUUUAUUCAUGCUCUGUGAUUUCCUGUUUCUUUUUUAUAUUUUUUUAUGAAAGUGCCAUUCAAUGUGAGCUGCUCAACGCUCAGAAAAUACUCCAUUCCUCACUCAUUGCUAUUGUAUAGUGUUCAUGUGAAAUGGAUCUUAAUAUGUGUACAGAACGUGGAUAAAGAUGAAAAAUACACUUGAUUAUAUACUUUGUACA